CGGUGUUCCGGCGCGCGCGGGGCGGGAGGAGGGGGGGUUGUCCGACUCCGGUUUAGAUCACAUCACUUCAGAGAUUCAAUCACGCCUUUCUCUUCAUCAUGGCGCGAUGCGCUCCUGAUACCGGUUCCGUUCCGUGCCCGUGAUGCGCGUGAUGAUUAUGAUGAUGAUGGUGACGGAUGAAAGAUGGAGAAACUAUCCGCGAGCAUUAACGGACUCUCGUGGAGCUCCGUGUCGCUGCCGCUGGACGUGAUUGUGAGCAAAUUCCGCUUACCGACACUCGUGCGGCUGAGCCACGGUGAGAAUGUGGAGGGUCUUUCGGAGGAGGAUGUGAUUUUUCUUCACUCCUGCAGACAGUGGACCACCGUCACUGCCCACAGUCUGGAGGAGGGUCAUUACGUGAUUGGACCCAAAAUAGACAUCCCACUACAGUAUCAAGGGAAGUUUAAGUUAUUGGAUCAGGAUCGGGAUGUUCGCGAGCCAGUUCAAUACUUUGGAAGCGUGGAGGAAAUCGCAGGAAUGUUUCCUGAUCGUGUGUUCGUCAUGGAGCCCAUCACAUUUAGUGUUAAGGUGGUGUCUGGGGAGUUUACGGAGGAUAGUGAGUUGUAUAAUUUCUCUCUUCAAGCGGGAGAUGAAUUAACCCUCAUGGGCCAGGCAGAGCUGCUCUGCGUCCAAUCAACUCAUGAGAAAUCCCGCCUGACUGCAUUGCUACGGCGACUGGGCAAAGCGGGCGGAGCUCUGGGACGUCCUGCCCGCAUGAAGAUGCCUUGUUUGAUAUGCAUGAACCACCGGACCAAUGAGAGCGUCAGUUUGCCGUUCCAGUGCCGCGGGCGGUUUUGCACACGUUCGCCGCAGGAGCUGCAGAUGCAGGGAGGUGAACACACCGUGCGCAGCAUCAUCGAGCGCGUGCGGUUACCCGUGAACGUGUCCGUGCCGUCACGACCUCCUCGUAACCCAUACGACCUGCAUGCAAUCCGUGAAGGCCAUCGAUAUAAACUCCUCAGCAUCAUCAGCAAAACUGUCGUUCUCUGCUGCAUACUUCGCAAAGAGGAAGUCAUGUCAUCUCACUUCCUGUUAUUAACGGACAUGCCACGCUUCACUCUGCCGGAGGGUUUACUGCGUGCGGACAUUUCCUAUCAGCAGGUGGUGCUACAGUGCGCUCUGCGUUGCCAGGAAAGCUUCGAUCCAGACAAUUACUCAUGUGCUGUGCGCGAAGUCAAGACGGAUUUCUCCGAGGAGUGUCUCAGCCCACAGCGGAUUCAGGUGUGCGUUCAAGGCUACGGGCGCGACGAGCUUGGGACGUCCCUGCAGAGACUGUCUCUAUGUGUCUAUGGAGGCGGAGCCAUCUCACACACGAUCUCACAUGGCUGCGGAGACACGCUGGGCGACUCGCACACGCUGCCCUCUAGUGACGGUGAGGAACGAGAAUACGUCACACCCAAUUGGUCAACAGAGACACAGGAGAUUCCAUACGAGGAGCUCUGGACCAAUCAGAGUUCUGGAAGUUUUGGGGUGACGUCUGAGAGCUCAGUGAAGGCGGAGCAUAACCUCAUAUCCUUCCACUCCACUACCACAUCAUUAGAUGGAACGGUGGGCUCAACCCACGUAGCCAUGGUGCAGAUGGAAGCAGGAAGAGUGUCAAGAGUAUCGACUCCACCUCCUGUCCCACCCAAAUCUGAAGCUGUGAAAGAAGAGUGUCGUUUCUUAAACGCUCCUCCUGUUCCGCCCCGCUGUGCUAAAGGCCCCGCCCCCAGCCCUCCAGUUCCCACCCGCUUACCUAAAACUCCACCCACACAGACGCUCAACCCAAAACUCUCAUUUUAUUCCUCUGGACUGCAAGAAAGCUCUGCUCCUCGUAGUGGCAGCAACUCUCCAUCGCCAGACUCUUAUUCUCUGUAUUGUUACCCGUGCACCUGGGGCGGCUGUGUGACCUCUGACCCCUGCGUGAGCCCUGAUCCCACCCAAACUGCACAAGCCUGUUGGUCCCACCCACGAGGAGGCGGGUCCUACACCUCCAACAUCCUCAAUACACCUCUACUCAGUACUGACUCCACCCAAAAGAACUACUCCACCUGCCCUAGACCACGGCCGGUGGCGCAAAACCGCUUUGCACCGUUUGGUGCCUUAAACCCCUUUGCUAAUCCUGGACACGCCCACGCCUCAUCCGAUUGGCUCACCCCCACAGAUGGGAACUCUCCCGCUCUGAUACCUGACCUCAUUAGCUCUACCCCUAAGGAGCCUCAAGCCAAUCAGGGAGGUUCAGAAGGCGGCCCUGAGACACCGCCUAGACCCGUUAAGAGUUCAGAAAAGGACGCGGUUGCCGCAGACCCCGCCUCCAGAUCAGUCACCAAGGCAAAGGGGGCAGAGGGAGGGGCCGGGUCAUCUUGGCGACCCCCAGCAGAGCUCUGCUGGCUCUCAGUGGAGGAGGUUUCAUCCAGUCUGCGGUUCAUAGGCCUUUCGGAUGACGUGAUUGGUCUGUUCAGCCGAGAAAGAAUUGACGGCUCUAUUUUCACUCAGCUGACAGAGGAAAUCUUGUCAGAGGACUUUAAACUCACCAAACUACAGGUCAAAAAAAUCAUGCAGUUCAUCAAAGGAUGGAGACCCAAGAUAUGAGCAACAUCCUUGUGAAUUUAGGAAUGUUUUUUUUUUGUUGAGAGACACAGGAAUACUCCAUCUACAAUGAGUGCUUCUGUUUUUACUUUUUCAGAUGUUUUAUAAAUGUGUGUGUGUGUGUGUGUGUGUGUGUGUGUGAAAUACACCUCUCUAAUUGAAGGACUGACCGAUUGUGACUAAUAUAUUAUGGAACUCUAUUUGAUGUUUUUGUUAUUUCUGGGGUGGGAUGGUUUUGAGUGGCUUCAGUUGACAGUCAGAACUUAUGGUGUGGUCUUUCAAGGGUUUACUGAUGUGUUUUGACAACUUUUGUCUGAUUUCUGGUAACCUGACAUGUUUGUUGGAUUUGGGACUAUGAUGAAUCUCGUGAAACCUGUCAGGAACAUGUCCAGGUUAUAUUUUACCAGGAAAUCAAAAUCUAAAAAUAAAUAAAUAAAUCAUCAUUUUUUUUUAUCAUUUUAAAAUAAUUAAGACCAAUAAUUGCAUUAAGAUCAUUAUUAUUAUUAUUUUGGAGUGUGUUAUUAUUUUUUUGAUAUUUAUGCACAUUUAAACCAUAAACAUUGUUAAUGUCUGAAGAAUCUCAUUAUCAUUUCUGUAAUGUGGAAAAAAGGUUUAAAUAGAUUUAAGCAAAACAAUGUAUUUUUUAUAAAACUGAAUAUAAAGAGGACCAUUGAGAAUAAUCAUAAACAAAAAAUCUAAAAUAAAAGUAAAAAAUUGGAAAACGUUGUUUGGAGAAUUCUGGCAAAAUGUUCAUGAAAAAUUUCUGGGGAAUAUAUAUAUUCUUGACAGAUUUGAAGAGAUUUACUCAUCAGAGCAAAUCUUUCCUCUUUCCUUCUGCUCUCAUACGGAGCUCAUGUCAUGUGUACAGGAGAUUUAAAAAUAAAGAGUUCAGUUUGUGAUGUACACUCUAAUAAGAUGUAAUUAGGUGACAGUAAUUAAGAGUUUACUAACUACAGCCCACGCUGAAGGAGGACGUGUGCAAGGUGAGUCAGAGCUGCUGAAAUGAGAAGGUUUUAGCCUUAUUUCACGGUUUAAAAAAAUAUUUUUUCAGCAUUUAAGAAAUGCUUAUUUAACAGCUUCCCCCUCUGCAGAUGCACUUGUAUUUUGAAUAAGAUUUAACAGCGGUAGUGUGUUUCAUUUGUUACUUUAAAUUCACCAUGUCUGAUUUAAUCUUGAUGGAUCAAUUACUUGAAAGAGUAAAUCAAUAGUGCUCACUUGAACAAAGUGUAUUGUCAGG